AUGUCGUACAAAGAAUUAGCUUACACUCAAUUGAAUCCUACUCUUCUAGGAAACCAAAAUAUCAGUGGUACACCAAUAUUUAGUAAUGAUGUAAAAGUUCAUGGCGAUAUUGUUAUUACAGGAUUGGUGAAUCUGGUUGAUGUAUCAGUCUCUGAUGCAGACACUAUGACCAUAUCUGGUACUCAGACUGUAACUGCAAAGACGUUUAUGCAAGACCUUUCAAUGUUGUCAGAUUUAACGGUUGGUGGUGAAAUAAAUGGUGUCGAUUUUGAUCUAGAGGCAUGUACAUUGAACACAGUGCAGAAUAUAAGUGGUAUCAAAAGCUUCACGGAGUUAGCUACCAUACAUGGUGAAAUAGAAGCAUUUCGCACAAUUGCCAGUCUGGACUUUACUGAAAAAGUGCAGUCCAUUGAUGUCACCGACGCUAGACAUAUGGAAACGUUCAAGAUGGAAGGAAAAACUUAUUUGGCGACAACGUCGUAUGGAUUUGGAAUAAAUUACUGUAUCACCAGUGGUAUUUAUGAAUGGAAUGAUGUACAGAGUCAAUUUGAAAUAAAAUGGAAUGAACAGACCAAUCGUGCUACACGAUGGCAUGCCUUCACAAUAGAAGACACUCAAUUCCUCUUCAUUGCUAAUGGUGGAACUAAAACAUGCUCCAAUGUUGAUUACUUCAUCAGUGAGCUAUUGGCGUACAAUACAACAGUAGACGAUUUUAUAAGUGUGCAGUUUAUAGAAUCGUAUGGAUCAGUAGAUGCCGAUACGGUAGAAAUUGAUGGGUAUACAUAUCUAGCUGUAGCCAAUACUAUAUCAUCUUACAGUCACGACUUUCUAUUCAAGUACAAUACAUCAUCUGGACAAUUCGAUUUUUAUCAAGAAUUUGAAACUGAAGCCACUGGUGGAGUUGAAUUUGUCACCAUCCUUGAUGAUACUUACCUGAUAUUUGGCAUUUCUGAAAGCAGCACAGAGUCGCCUGUCUAUUGGUUCAACGGCACUGAUUUUGAGCUAUUCCAGACCAUUACUACUUAUGCCUGUAGUGAUGUUAAACAAUUUGAAUUGGAUGAUUCUGUAGUGCUGGCUAUUGCCAAUGAGCUGUCGAUACAAAGUGAUCAAGCUAGUUACGAUUCUGAAAUUACUUUUUAUUCCUGGUCAAAUAGUGAAUCACAAUUUGAAAAGCUUGAUUACUCAAUUUCUGUAAGAGCACCAUCUGCAAUUGAUGAAGCUGUAAUUGGUGCAUAUCAUUACCUUGCCGUGGCUAGUAAUCAUGAAGAUACUUUCACACUGUGGAAGUAUUGCUAUUCCUUGGGGUGGCAAAUUCAAAUGACUAGGACCCUAAAAGGAUUAUACAGUGUGAAGUUCGUGACUAUCGAUGAAGAUGUAUACAUUGUGUUGUCCUCAGAAGAUGUGGCAACUGAAGUCUUAAAGGUUCAUGUAAUUGGUGGCAAAGCUGAAAUUGAUCAUCAGUUUGAAUGUUCUUCCCUAAUGGCAAAUUCAUGGAAGCGUGAAAAUCUGCUACAUCAACCGUGAACGGGAAAAUUAACUUUAUAUUUAUUUAUAAAAUUUAUUUUCCUAUUUAUCAGAGUAUUGAUUGUGAAUACAAUUUGUAAAUUAAUUGCCAAUAAAAAAAAAAUACAUAGUUUUAUAUUACAUGGCCGGGAUUCCUACUUUACUUCAAUUAAACAGUGCACAUAUUAAACAAAAAAAUUUUGCGC